AUGGGGAUUCUCCACAUCCUGCUCGGAUUGAACCUGCCGCUGAUCGCUGGGAUCAUCAAGCGCUUCCUGACCUUGGCGCAGGAGCUGGGUGUUUACCUGACCAUUCCCUUCGUGGAGGAAGAAGAGGUGGUGGAUAGCGGCCAAAGAACUGUCCGUUACUUCAACACCGUUUGUUUAGCAUCUCCAGAAGGGAAAAUCGUGGUUCACUACCGCAAGACCUUCUUGUGGGACUAUGUCGACGGCAGCUGGGCGACGAAGGGUGAGCUGCCAGGGAUCUUUGACACGGAGUACGGGCGCGUGGGCAUCGGCAUUUGCUACGACAUCCAUCGGCUCAAUGGUCUGUAUGCGGGCACCAAGCUGUGGACCUUGCUCUACUCGGUGGCCUGGGUGGGACAUCGCACCGAUGGCCCCACGGAACGAUGGUUCCGACAGGACUUGCCGGACACCUACCUCGGUCAAGGCGCUUUGGAAUGCUACGUGGUGGCUGCCAACUGGAGUACGGAGCGGGAAUAUUCUUGGGAUGGUGCUGGAUACAGCUCCAUCUACGCACCAGAUGGGCAGAGGAUGUGCUUCCUGGAUUUGGAGAUCGGGGACAGUAUUCUAUACCAAGAUAUCCCAUGCACGAAAGCCUGA